ACACUAACAUAGUCUUACGGGAUGGCAAAGCGAAAGGGUUUAGCACCUAAACCUAACAACAGGUUGAUGCUCAUCUCGGCUGCCUUUCAAGAUCACAUCAUCCGGAGCUUGGAACUGCCAAAUUUCUCAAUUUCUGACUCUUUGCCGAGAUGCAGCAGAAAACCCACAGACAGCAGAUAUCAUCAAGAAAAAUGUGUAGUGAAAGACAAGAGUCUGCAGAAAGGAGUUGAGCAAGAUGAGAGAGAAUAUGUGAUUGGUAAACGUCCAGUUACGCUGACAUUAGCUCAGAAGAUGGGUUUGGUGCCCUGCCCAGCAGAGAGACUGACUGAGGACCAGUGGGCACAGGUCAAAGUGAGGUCUGUUGAGCAGGGGGAAUCAGCUCAGCCCUGUGCAAUAUGCAGGGAGGAGUUUCGACUUAAGCCACAGGUGUUGCUUUCUUGCACCCAUGUGUUUCACAGAGCAUGUCUGCAGGCAUUUGAGAGGUUUUCAGGGAAGAAGUGCUGCCCGAUGUGCAGAAGGCAGCGAUAUGAGACACGGGUGAUCCAUGAUGCAGCUCGCCUCUUCAGACACCAGUGUGCCACCAGAAUUCAGGCUUGCUGGCGAGGCUACAGUGUAAGACAGUGGUACAGAAAUGCAAGGAAAACCAUCUGCCCCAAAGAUAAACAGCUGCGACGCAAAUUCUUUGAAGCAAAGUUGCAGGAGUUGAAUGACAGCUUUGUCCGAUACUGUCACACCGACAUGGAGGCUUUUCUGAGUGAUAUCGACCACUCCCUGUCAUCAAGCAGACGAGUGUUCCAGGAGCUGGAGAGAAAGCAAAUCUCUGAACCUCAGGAGGACGACUGGGACCGAAUACAGAGCCAGGUUAUCCAGAGAGGUUUCUGGGACUGUCCCAUCUGUCUAACACCACUGCACAGCCCCAACCUGACAACAGAAGCACAGGGAUCACAGCAUCUACAACCAAGGCACACCGCGCUUCUCUCCUGUUCCCACCUCUUCCACCAGCUCUGUCUGGAGGCCUUCGAGAGCUUCACCGCAGACAGCAGACCUUCAUGUCCACUGUGCAGAUCUGCCUACCACAAAAAAAUCAUCUAAGCUAGGUCCGUAUUUGUUCAAGAUAGCAUCCUGGUUCACCCCCAUGAACAAAUAAAAAUAACAAUAACCUUUAUUAUAUGUAGAGAUUAAACUAUUAAUUGGGAAUCAAAACAAACGUAUUUAAAAACCUUCAGUUUGUUGAUAAAGGUUUUCUACUUUUAAAAAUUCUGAUUCAAUUAUCUGAUUUUUAGGCCUUUAAAAUGGUAAUAAAAUAAUUUUGAUAAAUCUUACAAAUUUCUUGGGUAUGAAGAUGUUACACUUUUAAAAGGUG